GUUCACAACCUGAAGGUUAUCAUCUGACCCUAAGCAUUUCGUGGCGGAUAUUUUGUUUGCCUUCCAAGGUCAUCGGUUUCUCAAAAAUGUCAUUUCUUAAAAAUUGUCGUGUUUUACUAAAGAGUACAAACUCAGAUAUAGGAGAAUCGCCUCAACAGUACAAUGUUAUUUUAGAAAAUCGAUUUGUGAGAGGUGCUUUAUUAUUUGAUUCAGGGGCUAUCGCCCAUAUCAGUCCCUAUGAAUUUGACUUUCGAAAGUGCCAGUAUACUAAAGCUGUUGACGCUUAUGCUUGCCUAGGCGUUUUGGUUCCUAUGACAUCACCUACCUCAGACUCCAGCAUUAUGGCUCCACAGUCUUAUCUUGUUCUGGCUACUGGAUGUACUUCUGUGGGGAAGCUGCCGCUCUUUGAGGUUUUUCGCAUCACCAAUGUGCAAUUCAUCAAUCUGAAGUGUCAAGGAGUUGAAGAAGACAUCUAUCCCGAUCUCCGAAAACUGCUGUCAUCGGGAAUGUUUUACUUUGCUCGAUCCAAUAUUGAUGGGAAACCAUUCGAUUUAACUGUCAACAUUCAGAACCGAAGUCGUUUGGGUGAUGAAAUUUUGACUUCCAGUGAUAUAUACACUCGAGGUGAUGCUGGACUAAAUUUUCUGUGGAACAAAGGGUUGAUGGGACCUUUGAUACGAGCUGGAAUCAAUCCCAGUGAUUGGUUGGUAUCCAUAAUAUGUGGUGGAUUCGAGGUUUGUACAGUCUAUUGCAGCGUUGGUCAAGCUCGAGUUGGUAUCGUAUCAAGAGUGUCAGCUCAGAGACCUGGUACCCGUUUUCAUGUACGCGGGUUAAAUGAUUGUGGUGAUGUUGCCAAUUUUGUUGAAACAGAACAAUUUAUCUAUUUAGGUGACUCUGUCAGUAGUUAUAUUCAAGUUCGUGGUACAGUUCCAUUAUUUUGGGAGCAACCAGGUUUACAAGUUGGUUCACAUAAAAUUUCACUUAGUCGACCGUUAGAAAUAUCAAUGAGUGCAUUUGAACGUCAUUUUAUGAAUUUAAUAUCACAGUAUGGAUCAGUUGGUGUUGUUAAUUUGUUAGGUUGUAAACAAGGCGAAGCAAUGCUUAGUAAAGCCUAUCAGGAACAACAUAGAAAAUCAUCUUUUCGAAAUACUAUUCACCAUAUUAUAUUUGAUUAUCAUUCGGAAUUACAAUCUAAGGGUGCAAAAAGUUUAGAAUGGAUAAAUCAGCAGAUUAGUCGAUUAACUGACGAUUGGGGAUAUUUCUAUGCAAAUGGUCAACAGGUUGAAUUAUGUCAAACUGGAGUGCUUAGAAUAAAUUGUGUAGAUUGUUUAGAUAGAACAAAUGCAAUUGAAACACUUGUCGGUGUUCAAAUCAUUCUUCCUAAAAUGUUAAUGAGCCUUGGUGUAAAUGUUAAAGAUCAACAUAAUGUGAUAAAUCGUUUUGUUGAUGGAAUAAAACAGUUAUGGCAACAAAAUGGUGAUCAUGUAAGUCGUAUAUACGCUGGAACUGGUGCUUUAGGUAGUGGUCGGUCAAAACUACGUGAUGCUCAACGUACAGCUGUUCGAACGAUUCAGCAUAGUUUUUUCGAUAGUGCAAAACAAGAAGCUAUGCAUAUGUUAUUGUCCAAUUCUAGUUUACAAGGAUGGAUGAAACUUGUUGGAGAACAAUAUCUACCUAGACGAUUACUUCAUUCAACACCUACACUGUUGACUAAUAUUUUACAUCGAUAUCCAGAAUUUAUUCAAAUUCACAACCUACGCUUAUUUGUUGGCACAUGGAAUGUAAACGGUGGUAAACAUUUCCGUAGUGUUGCCCAUAAACAUGAAUGUGUUACCGAUUGGUUGCUUGAUUUGGCACAAACUAUUAAUCAAAAUACCAAUUGGGGCUAUAAAAGUCUUGAUUUUACUGAUUCAGAAGAAUUAAAUAAACCAAUGGAUGUAUUUGCUAUUGGUUUUGAGGAAAUUGUAGAUUUAACUACAUCAAAUAUUGUUGCCGGUUCCAAACCAUCAGCUAAUCAACGUGAUUGGGGUCAAUUCUUACAACGUCAUUUAAAUCGUGAUACUGAUGAACAAGAUUCUUAUCUACUGAUUACAUCAGUUCAGUUAGUAGGUGUUUGCUUAUUUUUAUUUGUUCGUAAACGUCUUGCUGGUUCACUUAGAAAUAUUGCCACUUCAUCGGUUAAAACUGGACUGGGUGGAACCGCAGGAAAUAAAGGUGCUGUAGCAAUACGAUUUCAAUUGGGUGCGACAUCAAUAUGCUUUGUUUGCAGCCAUUUUACAGCUGGUCAAUCAGCUGUUCGUGAACGUAAUGAUGAUUUUCAAGAGAUUUGUCGUCGUCUUAGUUUACCUAACGGUCGUAAUAUUCUUAGUCAUGAUUAUGUAUUUUGGUGUGGAGACUUCAAUUAUCGUAUUAAUUUGUCAGGUAAUGAAGUCAAACGACUAGCUACACAGUCUUCUUGGCUUGAUCUCCUACGUUAUGAUCAGUUGACAAUUGAGAAACUAGCUGGUAAUGUUUUUCGUGGUUUCGAAGAAGGCCCCAUCCGAUUUGCACCGACAUACAAAUAUGAUUUAUUUUGUGAUGACUAUGAUACAUCUGAGAAAGCACGUUCGCCUGCUUGGACUGAUCGUAUAUUAUGGCGUCGCGUAAAAUUGACAUUUCCCAAAACGGACGAAAAUGGCAUUGUUUGUACGCAGAAUAAUUCUCCAGAUAAAAAAUGGAAUCCUGUUCGUUUGUUACUGUACAAUCGGGCUGAGUUGAAAACAAGUGACCAUCGACCCGUGGGAGCGAUAUUCAAUAUAGAAGUUCAGGUGAUUUCACGACAAUCUCGACGUAAAGUUAUUUCAGAUGUUGCUGAAGAUUACGGUCCAAUCAAUGCUACUGUUCAAGUUUAUUUAAAGAUUGUAGAAAGCAAUUCAAAACAAUUAUUAUCCGAAGAUGUUAAGCCAUACUUAUUAAAUGACACAGACUUCUUAGAAAGCCUAAAGUUGAUUGGAUCAUCAAGGGAGGGAACAAUUUUACUGUUACAUUUCCUAGAUCCACUUACUAUACUAUUGAUUUAUGCCAAUUCUAAACAGGCGUCUAUCGCUGCAGGAUUUUUAAAUAAUUAUAUUAUACCAUGGGAUGUUUCAACAAACGGACUACCUAAAAUAGCUGGUGGUUAUGAAAUUCACUUAUCCACUUCAUUAUACAAUUCUGCAAAUUGGUUAGAUCGUAUGCAAAAAUUGAUUGAAAUUUCAGAACGUGAAGAAUCGAAUAUAAACGAUUGUCGAAUACCAGCUGAAGUUUUCAAUGCAUUACCUUUAAUAAAGAAAUUAGAUAAACAACGACCUCCUAAAUUUGAUGACAACAAUGAACAAACUUUAAAUAGUGAUAAUGAAGAUUUCGAAAAUGAUAUUACUAACUUAAACAUCAACCGGGCUGUUGAACCAUCACAACCUCGUAAUCGUCCACCGCCUCCUAGACCAGCUCCACCAUUAAUUAAACAAUCAGUGAGUAUUGGUAGUGGUAAUAAUAAUAGUAAAGAUGAAUUUGACGAUUAUCCAACUAAUAAUGAUAAUUCAAUUAAUACAAAGAAAACAAAUAUCUCCGAUCCUUUAUCCCAAGCUGAUAAUGAAAUUGAUUCGAAAUUUAAAAAAAUAUUUUCUAUUUCACAUUCUCAAACUAAUUCACCUGUUCAUGAAGUUUCAUCAAAAUUGAAUACUGCAAUUUCAAAUGAUUUAUUUAUACCCUAUAAUGAUAGUAUUCAUAUGGUUAACAGUUGUGUAGAUCUUAACUUUCAGGAUAAUUCAAUUUUACAACAAGAUAACAAUAAUAAAAAUCGUAUAUCAUCCACAAUUGAUCUUAUUGGACUUGACUUUGAAAAUAAUUCCACUAUCAAUAAUGAUACAACAUCGUCAUCUACUCAUUGGUUUGAUUCAGUCAUUGUUCCACCUCCGUUACCUCAAAGACCAGAAGAUGUUAGAUCAUCACAUUUAUCAACUGAUGAUCCCUUUACUCUUGUGUAUUCUUCACAAAGUGAUUCAUCUACAACUAUGAACCAUAACAAGGAUGCCGCACUUAUAAAUGUUGAUCCUAUUUCUCCAACACGCGUCGCCCCACAAACGCCCUCAAGACAAAAACCGCCUCCGUUACCACCUCGUCCAAAAACCGAAACAGAAUAGUUUCCGAAACUGAACGCAGAAAUCGAUUAAUUUGAUGACUAGCUUUUGACUUAUUUAUUCAGCAGUUAACUUUAUAAGUUGUGAAUCAACUUAUCAUUAUUAUCAUUCCAAUAUUUUAUAUUUAUAAUUUAAGUUCAUCUGAUGAUAGAAUCGCCUAUUUAUUCAACUAAAGCGGCAUGUUUUUAGUACGAAACGGGUUGUAAAAAUGAACUAAAAACACAUAUUUAUAUCAUGAAUAAAUACAUUUAAAACAAAAGACUGAACAAGGCGUUUUUAUAUGAGAAUAUUACAGUUAGCGCCGUCUUAUAGAUCUACUAGAACUUCUUGAUGAUGACCAACUACGACUAGAGUUCCUCCCACGACGCGUUCUCCUGUGACGACGUUUAUGACGACGAGCACUUGAGCUAUGAGAUCGAGAGUCUCUGGAGAAUGAUCUGGAACGAGACCUAGACCAAGAACGAUUACGACUUGGAUAGCUGGUACGUGUGCCCCAAUUCGUCGAAGCUCUUGUUGAAAAUGAACGAGAACGUGAUCUUGUAUAAUAGGAACGACUGACUGGAGAGUAACGUCCACGACUACCCCUACCCCUGCUUCUGGAGUCCGAAAAGUCACUCCUUUGCAUUUUGCGUGCCGAUGAGCUUAUGGACCGACAUCUCUUACGAGAACGCUUAGGUCUGCUGGAACUUCUUGAAGAGGAUCCAGAUGAGGAAGAUGAAGAUGCAGAACUAGAACUGGAUGAAUGAGACCUUCCUCUGAUUGCAGUUGGUUUUUUGACCUGAAAAUAUGAGAAAAAUAUGUUUCAUAAUUCACAAUUGAAAUAAAGUUAGGAAAUUAAUUGUCAUUUACUAGGCUGAUAUACAAGGAAGAGUUACUGCUGUAUGUUCACUGAAAUUAAAAAAGAAAAGUAAUAUGAAUCUUAUUUAUAUACAAAAGUUGAACUAUUAUGUGGCGACGUUAUACGACAAAACUGAAUCUCAUGACCGUAAUUUAUUUUUUUAUAAUGUCUAAUAUACUCGACAUUGUAUGCCACUGAGUCAAUCUGCAGUGUGAUUCAAGUUAAAAACUGCACUGUAUUUAUUUGUCGGUUAAUAAUAUUGUGAACCCUUCAUCCAUUCGUCUGAAAACAAUCUACAUAUGACAUUAAUAAAUAUGUAGAAAUUGUUUCAUGAUCACAUCUCAUAGCAUUCUUUGAAGAACGUAACUCAUUCCAUAAGACAAGGAAGCUUGUGUUUACAACAAAGCACACUUGUUUAUAAAUCUUUAUAAAAAUUACUAUAUUGGGCAUUUUGACACAGUCGAUUUCCCAGUUUAUUACCCUAGGAAAAUGUAUGGUGCAAUUUACUAGAAAUCUUUCUAUCGAUAUGAAACUUAACAUUACUUUGAGAAUUUUUAAAUAACCAAUACUGAGUUUUGGAUUACUGAAAAUUUUAAUGUACGAUAAAUGGCUCUUAGUAAAAGACAGAAAGUUCACACAGUAUAUUUUUCGAAAAAUGAAUUAAAGAUUUUAGUUAAACGAAAAGUAUAACUAUCCCAUCGAAUAUAAAGAUUGUAACUGUUGCCAUCAACCAUUAUUGUAGAUUACUAUGCAGUCCACCGUAAUUGGUCAAAGUUGAUGAGCGUUAUGAUAAAUUAUUUACUUGAUCUCUGUAUCAAGCUUCUAAAUAAAUAAAUAAAUAUCAAAGCUAUGUGAAGCUUUAAACCAAAAAUGAAUAGUUCUCUCCAAUCUUGCGAAUUAAAACCCAGCAGCUGC